AUGUUAGCUCGGAGAUUUGCAAGGUGUACAAGUCCAGUACAACAACGCGUUCAGGAUUCUGGUGGGGCUGCCGCGGUAGUGCAGUGCCUCAGGCAAUGUUUUGUAACGUUGAGCGUGGCCGUCAACAUAACGGCACACGGUUGCGUGAUAGGCUUCUCCGCGAUCCUCAUCCCGAGCCUGCGCCGCCCUGAAUCUCACAUCCACGCCACGCCCAGUCAAGAGUCAUGGAUAGGUGAGGAUUUACAACCCAUUCAACAACUCAUUUUUUAUUUUAUUUCAGCAUCUGUUAUUGGCUUCGCGUUAAUUAUGGGGAACUUUACUAUAACGCCACUCAUGGACACCUUGGGGAGGAAAAGGUCACACAUCCUCUCAGUCCUUCCUAUUUUGACCGGCUGGUUCCUGCUACUCAUGGUAAACAGUGUGGGAGGCUUGAUAGCAGUAAGAUUCCUCCAAGGCAUAUCAAUGGGUAUGCUAGGACCUUUGGGAUCUGUAAUCAUAGGAGAAACGACUGACCCUAAGAGUCGCGGAGCGUUUUUGACUAGUGUGUCCCUUUCGUUGACAAUUGGCGUGCUGUCUACACACGGGUUGGGAGCAUUAUUGAGUUGGCAACAAAACGCUUUAGCAUGUUCUUUCAUUAGUUUUACUGCUCUUCUACUAAUCAUAUACAACCCAGAGUCCCCGUCCUGGCUAGUAUCUAAAGGAAGAUUCAAGGAGGGUGAGGAAAUUUUCUACUGGUUAAGAGGAAGAGGACCAGACCAAGAAACUGAGUUUGAAAAAAUGGUAGCCGCGCAAAAAAUGCAGCGAAAAUCAAGUGUUAUUGGCCAAAAUUUACCUUUGCAUGUAAAAGUAAAACGGUUUUUUGCAUAUCUGAGAUCAACAUCGAGAAAACCAGAAUUCUAUAAGCCUAUAAUCAUUAUGUUUCUGUUAUACACCAUGUUCCAGUUUUCCGGAAUUAAUAUUCUAAGUUCCUAUACAAUAGAUAUCAUACACAAAGUUGUUGGACCUGAUGCUAAUGCGAAAUUCUUAAUGGUUAUGCUGGAUAUUGAAAGAUUAAUAUGUAAUUUAGGAGCAGUUUAUUUUAUGAAGACCUUAAAGAGAAGAACUCUUUUGUUUUCUAGUGGUGCUAUUUGUGUUUUUUCAUAUAUAGGAAAGUCUUGCUACGUCUUUGCGAAAGAACAUAACGCGUUACCAUUUGAAAGUCAAUGGCUACCCAUAGCGUUGAUCGCUUUGUACAUGUGCUCACUAACUAUUGGUAUAUCAUCUAUACCGUUUGCCGUAUCGGGAGAAAUAUUCCCAUUGGAAUAUCGAGGACUAGGUGGUGGUAUUAGCGUUUUAGCUUUAUCUUUCAACUUGUUCUUGGCGGUCAAAUGCUUCCCAGUGUUAACUAAUAAUAUAGGACUUCCUAUAACGUAUUUGGUAUACGCUGGUGUAGUGGUAUCUUGUCUAACUUGUUUAUACUUCAUUAUGCCGGAGACAAAAGACAGGACUCUGCAAGAAAUCGAGGAUAGUUUCCGCGGCAAUUUGCCAACAGAUCUCAAAAGUGCAGAACCUCUAAACGGACAUGAAAACAGUGAAUUACGUCGAUGCAGUUCGCAUAUAUUAUAUUGAUCAAAUAAAGACUUGCAGUGUGGUAUUGUCGAAUGUUAGAGGCUUUACUAUACAAUACAGAAUUCUCUCUAUCAUCGUCUGUUUAUUGAUUGUAAGUAAAAUUAAUCUCAACAUAACAGUAUGUUAUUUAAAUUAAAUUAAAAAUAAAAAUCUAUUGAAUUUA